AUGGAUGAAGAUCAAUCUGACUGCUAUGAUGCUAUUAAAGCUGCUGUGUUGAUGAAGUUUGAUGUCACAGAGGAAUCCUACAGGCAGCGGUUUCGCAGCAUCGCUGUGCCAGCAGGAGAGACAGUACGUGAGACAUACAACAGGAUUAAGGGUCUCUACAAGCGGUGGAUGCGCCCCGAGAGCCGCAGCAAAGAGGACAUAACGGUGGGAAUGAACCUCACGACCGUGGGAGGGAGUGGAACCAGAGCUAACUUUUUUACAGAUCUGGGAAAGAAUGUGAUUGUUGUCAUUCUGGGAAUCUCCAUCAACUCUGUCAACGCCGUUAUGGUCCAGACGUUUACCAGGCAUCACCUGUCAUGUCUGUUUCAGAUCCUGCGGUCCAACCCGCGAUACAUCCUUUACUUCCACCUGGUGCUGAACGACAUGAUCCAGCUGACCAUCAGCAUCUCUCUCUACAUGUUUGCCUUUGCGUUAGGCUCCAUCCCUGUCUUCAUCUGCCUGCUUCUCAUCCUCCCUGCCAUCAUCAGCACCAUAAACACGCCUCUGAAUCUGGCUGUCAUGGCAACAGAAUGCUUCAUGUCCAUCUGCUUUCCGCUGCGCUACAACAACAUCUGUACAGUGAAGAGAACGUACAUUACUAUUGGGUUGAUCUGGGCAGUGAGCUCUCUGUCGGUGCUGCCGGACGUCUUCAUCCUUGUAGCCACAGAGCAGCAGCACUUCUUCCUCUCCAGAGUCUUCUGUGAAAGCGACUCAGUGUUCCGGAGCAGCUACAGUAAAGAGAAGACCAAUGCUGUUCACUUCUUCUUCCUUGUGCUGGUUUGGCUCGUGCUGUUCUACACCUACUUUAGAGUUCUGCUGACGGCUAAAGCAGCAAACGCAGACGCCACAAAGGCCAGAAACACCAUCCUGCUGCACGCCUUCCAGGUGCUGCUGUGCACCAUGACAUUUGUGCAGCCUUUCCUGAUGCAGUUGCUGAGAAAUCUGGUCCCUCAAGGUCCAGGGAUAGUAUCCCUAUAUUUCACCACCUUUGUCAUAAUCCAGAUCUUCCCUCGGUUUCUGAGCCCGGUUAUCUACGGCCUACGGGACAAGACCUUCAGAAAGUACCUGAGCAGGUACUGUAUCUGUGUUCAGACCCCGGCCGUCCAAUAGCAGCUUCCUGAGGAUCCCUGCUUAGAUCUGAUCUGAUCCAUGAAUCAAGGAUCAACAAUUCACAGAUCAAAACACAAUUCUUACUAUUCAAUAUAAAUUAGUUUGAAAGGUUGAUUUCAUUUGUCUCUUCUGGAUUUAUUCAAACUAAAAAUAUUUAAUCACCAUCAUUUAUCCCUUUGUUUACAACAGAAGAUCAGAAUCAACAAACAAACAAAGAUUUAGAAAAACAGAACUGUGUCACAGCUGCAAACUUCCCGUAGAUCCAUGACCAGAAGAUAGAAAAUGAGGACACAGCAACACCUCUACAGAACUGAAAAAACUAGAAAACACUCUUUCAUCUGAACUGACAGCAGUCUGUCUAACAGAAAACAGGUUUCACCACAAACUGACCAGAGAUGUCCUAAUCCAGGCCUCGAGGGCCGGCCUCUGGCUGCUUUUCUUUAAAUCCUGAGCAAACAUUUUCUAUCCCAGGUAGAGCUAAAUAUCUAGUUUUUAAAA